AUGUCAUACCACGAUAUGUGGGAAAGAUAUCACGAAGUUCGCAAGCCCAUGCUCUAUUUGGACGAACGCUUCCGCUACCCGAGCUCGCCGUCCGUUCCAACACUUCACUUCGGUCUGGGAUAUACAAUCAAGGGUAUCCUGCACUGUGCGCAGAAGCGCAACCUCAUGCCACCUCCGCCCCCCGUCCAGCCUCUCACGAAAAAGCAAGAGUCUCAUCGCCUCAUGAAUGCUGUAUUCAACGUCUUCGAGUACCUGGAAGAAAAGCUUGAGACGCCGCUCUUCAUGUGCGCAAGCGCAAGCCCUAAUUACGUGGGAGUUAUCUCCCUCUACUCAAACCACACGCGGGAUUCGUUCUAUCAACCGGAGAGGGAGAGAGAAAUGCUCAACUUCAUCCGUCGUGAGCUCAAUGACCGGAAGCAGCAAGCUGCGUGGUACUGGGACUCCAAUCGGCACGGACCUGACUAUGUUUGCGAGUACACUGAAUAUAAUCUGUAA